UGGAGGGACAUCUGGGUGGGUGGAGGGGUAAAUGUUGGAUGCUUGCCUGUGUUCCCUCCCUCUCUUCCGCCCUCCUUUCUCCAACUAUUGAUCAAGUACUCACCCAGGGCCCAGUCCUGUGCUGGAUUCUGGAAGCACAAGACAGACCUGUCCUGUGACAUGUGGGGGCCACUGGUCUUCAGCACAGGGUGGAGACGAGCAUGUCUGGUGGUAGAGACAAUGACACAAUAAAGAGACAUAAGUCCCUGUAACAUGCGCUAUGGGCAGAAAACAGCCGGAUGAGAGGGAACGGGAUCUCACUAACGAACCAGUCGACCAGCCUCCCUUCCUCUCCCCGAGGUUGCUGUUGGCCAAAGGCAGAGCGGGGACAUGCUGACCCCAGGUGGCAGGAGACAGUAUAGCAUGGAGGAUGCGUUUCAAGCCUUGGCGGCUGACUGCCGGCUCUGCCUCUUUGUCACUCUCUGCUUUGGGCGGAGGGCCCUCACCCCUCCCAGCCUCGGUUUCCUCAUCUGUGAAAUGGGCUAAUGACAGCCCCGGCUUCUUCUAGUUGUCACCAGAGAUUCAGUGACACAGAGCGAGCGCGUUGGGCACAGUUCACACACGUGCUUCCGGAGCGCUCGCUUUCCCGUGUGGUUGUCUGCGCUCGGGUUGGGGGAUCUGGUUUCCCGAGCCUCACCCCCAGCUCUGUGUGUGUGCCGUCUCCCCCUGCCCCCCGCCCCCAGUUUCUUGGAGCAUUUGCACAAACAUCAGGGCUCCGUCCUGCACCCUGACUACAAGACAGCCUUCCCCUCCUUCGAGGACGCCCUGCAUCGCCUCCUGCCCUACCACGUCUACCAGGGUGCCCUCCCCUCCCCCAACGACUACCACAAAGUGGACGAGGAGUUUGAGACAGUCUCCACGCAGCUGUUGAAACGCACCCAGGCCAUGCUGAAUAAAUACCGCCUCCUGCUCCUGGAGGAGUCCCGGAGGGUCAGCCCCUCCGCGGAGAUGGUCAUGAUCGACCGAAUGUUCAUUCAGGAGGAGAAGACCACCCUUGCCUUGGACAAACAGCUGGCCAAGGAGAAGCCGGACGAGUACGUGUCUUCCUCGCGCUCCCUCGGCCUCCCCAUCGCCGCCUCUUCCGACGUCGGACACCGGCUCCCGGGCCACGGCCCCCCACCGUCCUCAGCAUCCGGGGCCCCGGCCCCGCCCCCUCUGCACCUGCCCACCAAGCUGGUGAUCCGGCACGGCGGCGCGGGCGGCUCCCCUUCGGUGACCUGGGCCCGCGCGUCCUCGUCCUCCCUGUCGUCCUCGUCGUCCUCGUCCUCCGCCGCCUCCUCCCUGGACGCUGACGAGGACGGCCCGAUGCCCUCCCGCAAUCGGCCGCCCAUCAAGACCUACGAGGCCCGCAGCCGCAUCGGCCUCAAGCUCAAGAUCAAGCAGGAGGCCGGGCUCAGCAAGGUCGUGCACAACACGGCCCUGGACCCCGUGCACCAGCCGCCGCCGCCCGCCGCCCUCAAGGCGCCCGAGCCCCCGCCCCGGCCCCCGCCGCCGCCACCACCACCGCCGCCGCCGCCGCCGCCCCCCGCGCCCGGCCAGAUGAACGGCACGGUGGACCCCCCGCCGCCCGCCCCCGCCGACCGCAAGCCGCCCGCCCCGGCCCCCCACUGCCCCCGCCUCCCGCUGCGCAAGACGUAUCGCGAGAACGUGGAGGCGCUGGGUGGCGGCGGCGGGGGCCCCGACGGGGCGGGCGGUGGUCGCGCCCGGGCAGGCAGCCCCGCGCCCAUGCCCACCAAGGUGGACGAGGCCACCAGCGGGCUCAUCCGCGAGCUGGCGGCGGUGGAGGACGAGCUGUACCAGCGCAUGAUGAAGGGCGGCCCCCCGGAGCCCGCGGCCGGCGCCGGGCAGGGCAGUGGCAGCCGCGAGCCGGGCUGGGACGCGCCCCCGCUGCCCCCCGCCAAGCGGCGCAAGUCCGAGUCCCCCGACGUGGACCAGGCCAGCUUCUCCAGCGACAGCCCGCAGGACGACACGCUCACCGAGCACCUCCAGAGCGCCAUCGACAGCAUCCUCAACCUCCAGCAGGCCCCCGGCCGGACGACCGCGCCCCCGUACCCCCAUGUCGCCCCCGCGGCCGGCACGCCCGCCUCCCCGGCCCCCCUGCACAGGCCGGAGACCUACCCGCCCUCCAGUCACAACGGCGGCCUGGGCGCCAGGACGUUGAACAGAUAACACCGGGCCGGUCCUCCCUCCCCUGUCCCCUCGCGCUGCGGACGCCAGGGUGGGGGCAGCGGGGCCUCCGACCUCAGCCUCCUGGGGGGCGCAAGCCGGGGGUCCCCUGAGUUUUUCUUGCCUAAGUUAUUUGAGUCACAAAGGCCUCCUGCCCCGCCUCCUGCUUCAGCCUGGUUGUUGGGUGGGGGUCGUGGGUUUAGGGGAGGGGGCUGUCAUGGAAAACGCCCCCCUGCCAAAGGAGGGGGUCAUCCUGGUGUGUCCUUUCCUGUUGCUUCCUACUUCUUGCUGCACCGCCCCCUGCGUCCCGGGGACACGUGCGUGUGUGUGUGUUUGCCAGGGAUGGGGGGGGGCCCUGGUCGCUCCCACCACUCCCGCGUGUCGGGGGACCGGGCUUGUGUGUGUGUGUGUGUGGCUUUGCGGAUCCGGGGGGUCAGGGGCGCUCAGAGCUGGGAGGGUCCCCGGGAAGCCGCGCUCGGCCUCUCCCCCGCCGCCCCCUAUAGGCUGUCUGCAGAAGCGCAAGGGGUGGGCGGGGCGAGCCAGCGUCCCAGGACCCCCGCCUCGGAGCAGGCCCGAGGGCACCUGUCUCGUCCGUGUGUGUGCGUCCGGCACCGCGUCCUGUGUCCCUGUGUGUGUGCUCGAGUGAGCAAGAGAGCGAGAAAGAGAGCGAUUUGGCACCCUCCUGUCCCGCGGCCGAAAUGUGAGCACCUCCCAAACGGGAAACCGGGGUCUUCCUCCCCCCGCGCCCCCUCCCCCAGCCAGUCUUCCCUCUGUUCUUCCUGCCGCCAACCGCCCGCGCCAGAUUUUGAAAUCUCGGAGACAAAACUAGUACUGUAAGAUAAAUUUUUUUGUACUGUAUUUAUUGUGUAUAACGAUUUUUUUAAAGGAGAAUUCUGUACAUUUAGAACUCUUGUAAAUUAAAAACCGAUCCUUUUUUUAAAACUGUA